AUGUUCCACAGUGUCCUUCUAGUGCGGCAAUCUAGGACCAGCCAUGGUGCCUACAAGAUAGGCCAGGUUGCGAACCCAACACUGUCUGAUUACGAGAGGAAAGAUCGGAUGCCUUUCAGUUCGACUGCGGGUAUAUUUGCAGUGUCGGGGUCCAUACACAUGGAAACUAUGGAGAUGGAGGUCACUUUAGAAGUGUAUGGAAUGAACCUCGGUAUCUUUCACGGAUACGCCGGCCAGCCCUUCAAGAUCGCCUUGGAUCUAAGUAUGGUGAAGGGUGGUAUUGAGCUACGAUUGACUGGUUUUGAGGAACUUUUAUAG